CAUGGACGGGACAACCCUGAGAGUUUCCUAUUCGCUCAUGGCCGCCUCCAGCAGUGACGUGCUCACACUCUGCCCUCCCUGCACCGGAUGAAAGCGAAAAUAAGGAGAAUGUCGCAGAUUCUCCGUUCAGUCCACUGAGCACCGGAGCGGUCAGGUGACCCUGCGGUAGAACAGCGCCGCACAGCGCCGGCCCCGGGAACUGCACUGAGACAGCGGCCGCUAGGGACUAGGGAGGAGAGCCUCACACCUCCGGGCUCCACCAUGGACUGUCCUGACAACAAUCUGCAUCCGGACAAAUUCUGCAGACAGAACUCCAGCACUGGACUGUCCCUUGACUUUGAGCCGAAGCAGGAGUACGUGUUUGUGGAAACAUUGCAGGAGCGUUACAAGUGUGCAAGCUGCCAUCUGGUUCUUCACAACCCUCAUCAGACAGGAUGUGGUCACCGGUUCUGUGAGAAAUGCAUUCUGCGCCUGAAAGAAUUGUAUGAAAUCCCUCAAUGUCCAAUAGACAAAGAAAAUAUUAAACAACAAGAGAUCUUUAAAGACAAUUGCUGUAAAAGGGAAGUCCUGAAUCUACUAGUAUAUUGCCGAAAUGCCCCCGACUGUGACGUGAAGGUAGCCCUGGGGAGGUUCCAGGAUCAUCUCGGGCAGUGUCUGUAUGAAGAGAUCAUGUGCAGCAACCCCGGCUGCCACGACAAGGUGAUCCGCAAAGACUUGGAGAGUCACCUGACGACACAGUGUGAGCUGAGAGACGAGACCUGCACCUACUGCAAGAAAAGCAUGACCUCCAUCGAUCUGCAGAUUCACACACUGAAGUAUUGUCCAUUAUAUCCAGUCUCAUGUCUCAACAACUGCGGCAAUACCUGUCCAAGGGAGGAGGCAGAUGACCACCUAGCUGUAUGUCCAGAAGCUGAAGUGGAAUGUCCGUAUACAAGUUAUGGCUGCUACGUGAAGGUGAAAAGAGGGAAACUCAAAGUGCAUGAAGAGACCUUUCUGAGAGACCAUAUGCUUUAUGUACUGAACCGGAAUACAAAGCUCGAGAAACAGAUGUUAGAUUUAAAGCAAAAUUUGGAACAAAAAGAAAACAAAAUUCAGCAACUGACAAACACAGUGAAAUGGUGUGAAAAGGAAUGUCGCCAGUUUGUGCAUCUUGGUGGCAAUGGGAGUCCUCUUACCAGUGCCCAGUCUUUGGCCAGCUAUAUGGAGAAGGCGUCCUGGCUGGAGGAGCAGGUUAUGCAGCUGGUGCAAUUGAUCAGUGAAGAACAUAGCCGACAGGACCUCAGGCCACUUAUGGAGGUUAUUGAGGGCAUCAAGCAAAAGGUGUCCUCUAUGGAAUGCUAUAAAGACCGAUUAGAUAUCCUUGAAGGACAAUCCAGCAAACAUGACGUCCAGAUAAAUAUCCACAAGGCACAGCUGAUCAGCAAUGAGGAACGCUUCAGGCUCCUGGAAGGUACCUGUUACAAUGGAAAACUCAUCUGGAAAGUCACAGACUAUGAACGAAAGAAGAAGGAGGCAGUGGAAGGUCGUGUGGUCUCCAUCUACAGUCAACACUUCUACACCAGCCGCUGUGGUUACCGCAUCUGCGCUCGGGCCUACCUGAACGGUGACGGCUCGGGGAAGGGGUCCUUUUUAUCCUUGUAUUUCGUGGUCAUGAGAGGAGAGUUUGACUCGCUACUGUCUUGGCCGUUCAAGCAAAAGGUCACCUUAAUGUUGAUUGACCAAAGCGGAAAAAAGAACCAUAUCAUAGACGUCUUCAAGGCCGACCCUCACAGUAGCAGCUUUAAGAGACCCGAAGGGGAGAUGAACAUCGCCUCCGGGUGUCCACGCUUUGUCUCGCACACACAGCUGGAGAACCCAAGGAAUGCCUGCUACAUUAAAGACGACACAAUAUUUAUUAAAGUAGCAGUCGACCUUACAGACCUUGAGGAGCUUUGAAGAAUGCUGAACUUUUUUUUCUUUUUUAUUCUAGGUAAUUUAUAGUUUUUUCCCCCUUUUUUGUGAUGUAAAUUAUCUCAGAGAAGAGCUUGUAAAUGUCUUAUAUGGAGCAAGUGUAAUAGUUUUUUUUUUUUUUUUUUAAAUAAAUUAUUUUACUAAGCUUCUGGA